CAUCCAGCUCGGAGGUAACGCGGCGCGCAGACCCAGCUGGCCAUAUUGUGCACCAGCUCUCCGCAAAUCGGCUGCGUCACACCUAAAAAGCCAUAUAUCAGCGUCGGAGCUCCGAAGCCAGCACAUCGGGAGACAUACGCGCUUUGGAAAACGCUACUGGUUGGUGGAUCUGUCGCGCAGGGGAAAAAAUGGUUAAACUGGGGAAUAAUUUCAGCGAGAAAAAUAACGGGAAGGUGGUCUCCGAAGACGGAUUUGACACCAUCCCCCUCAUCACACCAUUAGAUGCCAGUCAGCUGCAGUUCCCUCCACCAGAUAAGGUGGUGGUGAAGACAAAGGCAGACUAUGACGGUGAGAGCAAGAAAGGGAAGCCACGAUCUCCCAAAAUCGCAGAGUUCUCGAUAAGCAUCAUCGAAGGCGUCUCCGAGCGGCUCAAAGUGACCCUGCUGGUGAUCUGUGCCCUGGCCUUCCUGGUGUGUGUGGUGUUCCUGGUGGUCUACAAGGUGUACCAGUACGAGCAGCCGUGCCCCGACAGCUUCGUUUACACGCAAGGUCGCUGCAUGCCGGCUGGGAUGUACGGCAACUUCCCCCCUCAGGGCCCUGGGGGCCGCGGGCGCCUCUUCACUCUCAUCAACCACUACAACAUAGCCAAGCAGACCAUCACCCGGUCAGUAUCACCAUGGAUGACCAUCAUGUCUGAGGAGAAGGUCACCCAGCAGGAGACGGAGACUGCCCAGAAACUGGCUUAACCAACCCGGGAUCAGGAGUUGGCCUCACCUGCUGCAGCAAAAACAUAAAUAAUAGGGUUGUGCCAUUCAAGCAAACCUCAGAGUCCCAGGGCUUUCUGUGGGUGAAAAAUCCACUUUUCUCGCCUGAGGUGCUCUGCUGCCUUGUUGAUGUAGUAUUUUGGUCGGCUGAUGUGUACUAUGGCAGAAAAUCGGUGAAAAUUUUGAGCAUGAUUUCAGCUGAACAAGCCUUACAGUAGGGUGGAUUCAUGGUUUGUUUGAAUAGCACACGUUAUUAUUUAUUCACACUUGAAAACAGAGUGGCAAUUGUGUAAAAGAAAAAGCCACAGGAAUACAGACACACACUCACUGUCUUUGUACAUACACAUAAGUAACAGAACUCACUUUAGUACCCACAUUGUGAAAUGACUGUGAACCAUCCCCGUGUCUGCGUCGCUUGUUUUCGCGCACAUGCACGCACGACUCCGAAUCCGUUUGCUUCAAACCUCUUUCUUAUCAAAUACACAAAGUACUGAUAGCGCAUGUCAGACCUCGUGAGGUCCAGCAAGUGGUACAUUUCUCAUGAAGCGACAAAGUUUGCAGCGUAUUUGCAACUGAGGUCAUCUGUGUGAAAAUAUUUUACUGUUCAUGAUGUUGUGAAUAAUUGAGGCUCGACAUGAAGGAAACCUUUUAACCAGCGGAAAAAAAAAAAAUAUUUUAAUUGUGUUGUUUUGGCACAGCUCAUACUGCUCUCUGCAUUUAGUGCUAUUAAGGAGUUUUCUGUGUUUGAUGCAUCACAUCUUUUGAACCAGCAUUGAUGAUUGUCUCCAUGCAUUUGAACUCAUGUGAACACUGUGCGCUUUUCUUUGCCAGCUACAUGAGACUUAUUUAUUGUUUACUUUUCAUAGCAUACAUUUGAUGCUACUGUAUUGAAUGUUUUUGCAUUGCUUGUGAAGACACUGUAUUGUGCAAUGCUUAGCAUUGAUUAAUGUCACCAUUAAGGCUGGGGAUGGCCGUUGGUAGCCAUCACAGCUACUAGACUUAGGUUGAUGUAGUGGAACAAUCUGACAGUAGUCGCUUGUCCUGUUGCUUUUUUUCUGUAUUUGUCAUUGAACUUAAACCGUCACAAAUUAUGUACCUUUUUCAAACAAUGUAACGAUUACCAUUAAAGUGCAUUUGCUACAUAGAAAUGUUCAAUGAAAACUGAAAUAAAGUGCCCACAUUUCA